AUGUCCGAGUCAGCAAAGAUUACCGAUCUCCUCCAGAAGCCGCGCAGCGAGCUCACCGAGUACGAAAUCGCUCGUGUCGAGGAGCAUGAAUUCACCGCUGGUCCCCUCUCCAUCCUGCAAACUGCCGUCCGCAACCACAACCAGGUUGUCAUCUCGUGUCGCAACAACCGCAAACUCCUCGCCCGCGUAAAAGCAUUCGACAGACAUUGCAACAUGGUCCUCGAGAAUGUCAAGGAAAUGUGGACUGAGUUCCCAAGAAACAGCCAGGGCAAAAAGGGCAGAGGCGUCAACAAGGACCGCUUUAUCAGCAAGAUGUUCCUGAGAGGAGACUCGGUCAUCAUGGUCAUCCUUACUUGA